UUUUUUCUUGAACGGUUGGCCACUUACCCUUUCUCUCUUUCUAAUGCUAGUGGUUCUCUCUCUAGCCUCCUCCCCCACUCCUUUCCCUCUCUCUAUAAUGCUAGUGGUUUCUCUCUUUCCUUGUGCUUAAACAUAGUUUUUUCUGUUUUUUGGUUUGGGUUUUUAGCAUGGAAGGAGAUGGAUAAAGAAACAAACCAAGAAAGCCCAUCUCUUCCCUCUAACAAUAACUCCAUCAAAGAAGAUCCUUCAAGAAAGCGACUUUCUGCUACUGGUGCUGGUGGUGGCGGUGGUGGAGAUAGACUCAAACGAGAUGAAUGGAGCGAGGGAGCUGUUUCUUGCUUGCUUGAGGCUUAUGAAAGUAAGUGGAUUCUUAGAAACCGAGCUAAGCUUAAAGGCCAUGACUGGGAAGAUGUUGCUCGUUAUGUUUCAUCUCGUGCAAAUUGUACCAAGUCACCCAAGACUCAAACGCAAUGUAAGAAUAAGAUUGAAUCCAUGAAGAAGAGAUACAGAUCAGAGUCCGCCACCGCUGAUGCUUCUUCUUGGCAUUUAUACCCCCGUCUUGAUCUUUUGUUACGUGGAAGUUCAGCGGCAGCAGCAGUAGCACCACCACCACCGCAACAACAACCACCACCUUCUCUUCAAGCAUCCAACCAUCCCCCUCCUUUGAUAUUGUUGGAGACAUCCCAUUUGUUGCCACAGCUACCUCCGCAGCCUCCGCUUCCUCCGGCUAUUGUGACUGCACAAAACUCACAUGGGUCUAAUGGUGUUGAUAGGGGGGCCAAGGAAGAUGGUGAUGGUACAAAAUUAUCAGACCAUGUCUCAGAUAAAAAUGUCAUGGACACAGAUAGUAGCACUCCAGCUUUGUACAGCGACAAGGAGAAACUAAGGUCCAAAAAACUCAAGAUGAGAGUGGAACAAAAGAAGAGAAGAAGAAGAGAAGAGUGGGAGAUAGCAGAUAGCAUCAGGUGGCUAGCAGAAGUAGUGGUAAGAUCAGAAAAAGCAAGAAUGGAUGCAAUGAGAGAAAUAGAAAAAAUGAGAAUAGAAGCUGAGGCCAAGAGAGGUGAAAUGGACCUAAAAAUAACUGAGAUCAUAGCCAAUACUCAAUUGGAGAUUGCCAAGCUCUUUGCAAGAGUUGGUAAAGGAGUUGAUUCCUCCUUAAGAAUUGGAAGAAGCUGACCAGGAUUGAUCCAUUAUUAUAUAACUGUAAUAAUUGAGCCAAUUAAUUAUGAUAUUAUUAAAAUAAAAGCUCCUGCAAAAGAGAACUGCUUUCUCUUUUAUUGAAGAAAAA